AUGGUGAGACCUCGUCGAACACCAGUUCGUACUGCAGCAGAAAUCAAUCGUGACGCCAUUACUGAGCUACAAGCCCAGAUGGCUUCCAUCACAACUGCCCUCCAAACCCUUCUGGUUCAACAACCAGCACCAGCCGUACGCGAGCAUGUUGCUCACGUUAACAGUACCAGAGACGAUGUUGAUGACGAAGAAAACCCGUUUGCAGACGACGUUAAUCCCUUUGCUCCUCUACACACCAACCGUACUCUAGCACCAGAUAACGUACCAAACGCAGCAGCUCAUAUUCAUUGGGAAUCGGGUUUCAAAACCGAGAUACCAGAGUUUCAUGGAAAUUCUUCAGCUGAAGAACUGCUCGAUUGGAUAGUCACGGUAGAAGAAAUCCUAGAAUUCAAACGAGUUCCAAUGGAUCAAUGUGUUCCUGUCUUAACAAUGCGUUUUCGUGGCAGAGCAGCUGCCUGGUGGACACAAUUGAAGACAACUCGUGCACGUCUUGGAAAACCAAAGAUUAUGUCAUGGGAUAAACUUUCAUCAAAACUUAAGAAAACAUUCUUGCCUUACAAUUAUGACCAGCUAAUGUUUCAGCGUCUCCAUACCAUCCGUCAGGGAAAUCGAUCUGUGGCUGACUACUCUACUGAAUUUUUUUUACUUCUCAAUCGAGUUGAUAUACAAGACUCUGAGCGUCAACUGGUGGCACGGUUUACAGCAGGAUUACGACAACAGAUCCAACACACAAUCAAUCUCUUCCAUCCAUCAACACUGUCAGAAGCACAUCAGCAAGCUUUGACUAUUGAGGCGCAAACUAAAUUAUCCUUCUCAUCAUGGUCUACUGUUCGUUCUUCUCGACCAAAUCAGACUCCGACUGCGACAGAUGACGCUAUAUCUGUCAAAGCAGACACACCCAUUGUUCCAGCUCUUGACACUCGACAAACUCAACCAAACUCAAUUCGUUGCUUUUCUUGUGGAGAUUUAGGUCAUCGACAGUCUUCCUGCCCCACUAGAAACAGAAGAGGCCUCCUCCUUGACACUGCUGGUAAUGACGUUGAAGUAAUUUACGAUGAGGAAACUACAGAGCCACAGGAUGAAGUAGAGGUUCUUAAAGCAGAUAGCGGACCAGCAUUAAUGUUGCGACGUGUGUGUUUAGCUCCGCGUGGAACAGAUAUCAACCCUCAACGACAUAAUCUUUUUCACUCAAAGUGUACUAUUGGAGGCAAGGUGUGUAACUUCAUAAUUGAUUCUGGUAGUAGUGAAAACGUCAUUGCUGAGGAGGUUGUAACCAAACUUCAAUUAUCAACAGAACUACAUCCUAACCCCUACAAGUUGGCAUGGUUGGAUCGGAAUACUGAUGUACUCAUAACUCGACGAGCAUUGAUUUCUUUUUCGGUGGGAGAUUCGUAUAAGGAUCAAAUUCAUUGUGAUAUUGCUCCAAUGGAUGCUUGCCAUCUACUUUUAGGACGUCCUUGGUUAUCUGAUCUUCGAGUACAACAUGAUGGCUAUCGUAAUACCUACAGUUUUCGUUACAAUAAUCGCAAUUUCACUCUACAACCUUCUUUGCCCGAGAAACAACAUACACCAUCAGCUCCAGUCCUUUUCUUGCAGCAAAAAGCUUUUGAAGAAACACUUCGCGAAGAAAGAUAUGUUCUAAUAUUGAUCAAUUCGGUUGUCAGAAAGUCUUUGCCGUCACCUCCAGAACAUUUUCAAAGACUAUUGGAAGAGUUUCAGGAUGUUUUUCCUAAUGAGUUACCACCCGGCCUUCCUCCACUCAGAGAUAUUCAACACCAUAUUGAUCUAAUUCCAGAUGCUGUUCUUCCUAAUAGAGCUCAUUAUCGUAUGAGUCCGAGUGAGCAUGAAGAACUUAGACGACAGUCCCAGCUUUGCUUAUACCAAAGAAGGAUGGAUCUUGGAGGAUGUGUGUCGACAGCCGUGCUAAAUAAAAUUACAGUACGCUAUAGAUUUCCCAUUCCCCGUCUCGACGAUCUAUUAGAUCAAAUUGGAGCUGCAACGAUUUUCUCUAAACUGGAUCUUCGAAGUGGUUAUCAUCAGAUACGGAUCCGCCCAGGAGAUGAAUGGAAGACGGCUUUUAAAACUCGCGAAGGACUUUUUGAAUGGCUUGUCAUGCCCUUUGGCUUGUCCAAUGCACCAAGCACUUUCAUGCGUGUUAUGAAUCAAUCUCUUCGGCCCUUCAUAGGUAAGUUUGUAGUUGUUUAUUUUGAUGAUAUUCUCAUAUUUAGUAAGUCCUUCACUGAACAUCUUGCACACUUAAGAGAAGUACUUCUUUUUCUCCGUCGAGAUCGACUAUUUGCCACACAAAAAAAGUGUGAGUUUGGCUCUCCUGAGGUUCACUUCCUUGGAUACAUCGUCUCAGCACAAGGUCUAGCCGUCGAUCCGAGCAAGGUAGAAGCAAUAAAAUCUUGGCCUACUCCUACUACUUUAUCUGAAACUCGAAGUUUUCAUGGUCUAGCAUCUUUUUAUCGAAGAUUUGUGCCGCAAUUUAGCAGUUUGAUGGCACCUAUCACUGAUUGUAUUCGUCAUGAUAGUGUCUUCACUUGGACUGCCGAAGCAACUACAGCUUUUGAGAUCAUUAAGACGAAAUUGUUAUCAGCACCUAUUCUAGCUCUUCCAGAUUUUACUCAAGUUUUUGAACUUCAUAGUGAUGCUUCUAAGUUGGGCAUUGGUGCUGUCUUGAGCCAACGCAACAAACCUAUUGCCUUCUUCAGUGAAAAACUGGCUGGAGCUCGUCUACGUUAUAGUACUUACGAUGUGGAAUUUUAUGCAGUGUCAAGAUAA